CUUGGAAGCUAGCACGAGCAGGUUUUGUCAAGUACCGAGUUACUUGAGAACAGAUUGAAGGCAUUUCAGGAUGAGGGUUGUGUUGAAAAGUCCCAAAGCUCUAAGAUUUUGCAUGGUCUCAGUGGCCUCUCUCGUGGCCUUUUUCCUAGCUGCUCUCUUAGUGAGGGAUUUACUAAUUCACCAGGAAGAUGAAAGAGAUGCUGACAUUAAACAGAUGAUUUUUUUCAAGGGAAACAGAACAGUGAUAACCUCUCGGAAGCUACUGCAGUCUGCUGGCAUGAGAAACCUUUCAUAUUUUCAGUCAUAUAUUAAUAAAGCAGAUGAUGGGGACACGAACCGUAUAGGAACAGGUUGCUCAAAGGACGACAUUGUGAUAUAUCAAGACCAAUUGCCUCCUCUUUCAAAUGGGAUUCCAGAGUACACAGUUGAAAUCACGAACAUGUGCGCCAAUGAUUGUAAUAUCGCAAAUAUUCGGGUUCACUGUGGAUGGUUCAGCUCAGCACGUUUGAUAAACCCGAGUGUGUUUCGGAGACUUGGAUACGAUGAUUGCCUUGUCAAUGAUGGGAUGGCCCUUGGCCCUGGAAGAACCAUCUCCUUUCAGUAUGCCAACACUUUCCGCUACCCUCUCUCCGUUUCAUCUGUUGUUUGCUUCUCAUGA